AUGGCUGAAAAAUUAAACAUCUUAACUAAACUUAAAUCUAUCACAUUUAGCUUCAAUCCACUUUGCUCAAAAUCAAAUUCUAUAAAAUCAUUCAUUCCACUUACAACCAACUCUAGAUCAACCUCAACUGUUCCAGAUUGUAAAAUUCAAUUUAAAUUAGGUGAAGAAUUCGUCAAACCAGAAAUCCUUCUCAAAUUUUCAAAUGGUUCAGAACAAACUAUUAAUACAUCAAAUUUAGAAGUUACUUCAAUUAUUGAAUCAAUUGAUCUUUUAAAGAGAGCUAUCAAAGUCGAAGAAAUUGAAAAAAUCAAAACCUCAGAAACAACUCUUCAAGAAAUUUUACAACCAGUCAACAAAAAGAAAGAUACUGGUGCUAAAGCUAAUAGAUAA